AUGUCCGGCGACCAGUUCAAGGCCCUGUACAAACCAGCAAUCGACACUGAACUGAUCAAGCCAUCCAAGAAACGACACCUUCCCCCAAUCCUAGAACCCAUUCGUCUUUACCCGCUUGACCUUCUGAUGCCUCCGAUAAACGUGCGAAUGCCUAUUCUAUUCAAAAUAAUACCUGCAUUGGAUUUGGAGUCGAGCUCAGCAAUCUACGAAGAAUUCGAGAUUAUAGUGGCAAAGCUAAAGGCCUCUCUUGCAGAAGCAUUAGAACUCUAUCCACCCGUCGCAGGGACCAUUCAUAAAUCGCCCGGCGACGCGUCCGCCAUCACUAUAGCUUGUGACGGUCGAGGAGCUACCUUCGCUACGCAAGUAGAAAGGCAAUCCUAUAUGGAAUCAGAGCAUACCUUAGACGGACUUUCUGCAGGCGAUCUCCUCGCUCUGGAUGACUCUCAGACACCCUUUGGGGUCAAGUUGACGCUGUUUUCUUGUGGGACUGUAGUGAUGAUUACCUCCAUGCAUCACCAUAUGGCAGAUCUCACCUCUUACAUGGAUUUUCUUGAGAAUUGGGCUCAAUUAUCCCGAGGCGACUCGAACGAUCUUGUUCUUCCCCAAUCAUGGUCCCGUGACCUCAACCUGCCAACACCUGCCGGGGUGCCUUCAAUGAUGCCAGGCAUCCUGAUUCUUCCUCCUUCUUCAACUCCUCCGCCACUGCCUGUUCUUCGUGUCGACGGACUGAGAUGGUUCAUCAGUAACGCGAGUUUGGCACAAUUGAAAACCGACUGUAUAGCUGUUCUCAAUAGCGAGGAUCCAGUCAGAUCCUGGAUAUCCAGUGCAGAUGCAUUUACGGCUCUGGUUUGGGGUGCAAUGACGCGCGCACGACAUAAAAUCCCCACUAAAUCAAUGCUAUUCACUAAUAACGACGCUGAAUUGGAGUCAUUGGGUGUAGCAGUCGAUGGACGAGAGAGACUGGGCCUAGGAGCUGGAAGCCCUACACGUUUCUUCGGUAACUUGAAUUUGUCACUGGCUGUAUAUGCUCCGCGAGCAGAUCUUCUAGGAGCUACCCUCAAAGCUACGUCCGACGUCGCUUUGAUAAUUCGCAGAACAAUCCAGGACGAGUCAAGACCGGAGACAAUAGCUUCAAGGGUUGCAUUUCUGGAGUCGAAGGUUGAGGCGACGAAACCUUAUACCCAUAGGAUUGUCCUUGAGGGAGAUUGCAGGUCGACGAAUUGGUCAAAAUACGAUUUGACGAAACUGGACUUUGGGUUGGGAUCUAACGUGAAAUCAGUGGGGACUACGCUAGGCACGAAAUCGACCUAUCCUGCUGGGAUGUUCCUCAUUGUAAAAAGUAGUGGAGGUUUGGUUGUGGCCACAACGGUAGAGAAGGAAGCUGACGUGCUACUCAAAAUGGAUCCACUUUUAACCCAAUAUGCAGAAGUUUUAGUCGAGUAA